UCCACCUCCACCUCCACCUCCACCACCUCAUCUGGGACAGAGGCGCCGCCGGCUAUAUAACAUGGAUGCAAAGGAGAGUCCUUAACUACGGGAAACCGGUCCGGUCUCACUUGACGGUUCUUGCACGGGGAAGCCACGUCGCGGCCAUGGCAGCGCAUCGGACCGUCGGAGGUUCCCUGAGGGGCUUCGGCUCCGCACCUCUCCUGGCUCUCACGGUGGGCAGCGUUUUGUUUGCACAGAUGCAGGAAACCGCUGCUUUCCCACCCCGGAGACUGAAGGAAGAAGCUCACACCAACACGCUGCUCUUCGGGAUCCGCAGAGAAGGCUGCUCGCAGGCGCGCCCCCUCGCGAGGAACAAGCGCUACGCCCUGACCCCCGAGCUCCUCAAAUGGGACAAGUUCAAGCUCACAUACAAGUUGCUCUCCUUCCCGUCCAACUUCAUUAACGCGAGUGACACGCGCAAAGGCAUCGCCAAGGCGUUCGGCAUGUGGAGUGACGUGUCGCCCUUCAGCUUCAAGGAGGUGCCGGCCGACCGGGAGGCGGACAUCAAGAUAGGCUUCUACCCUGCCAACCAUACGGACUGCCUGGUGUCCAGGGUGCAUCACUGCUUCGACGGCACCACCGGAGAGCUGGCCCACGCUUUCUUCCCUCAGACGGGCGAGAUUCACUUCGACGACGAUGAAUAUUGGAUUCUGGGAAACAUGCGCUACAGCUGGAAGAAAUGGGUUUGGCUGACGGAUCUGGUCCACGUGGCAGCUCACGAGAUCGGGCACGCUCUGGGACUCAUGCACUCCCUGGACCCCAAAGCCAUCAUGCACCUGAACGCAACUCUGACGGGGCGCAAGCUGAUAACGCAGGAUGACGUGUGGGGCGUGUACCGACUCUACGGAUGUGUGGACCGGUUAUUUAUCUGUCCGACGUGGGCCCAGAAAGGCUAUUGCGACAGCAAGCGCAAGCUCAUGCAGAAGCACUGCCCCUCCAGCUGUGACUUCUGCUACGAAUUCCCCUUCCCCACCGUGGCCCCUACCGUGCUACCCCCACGGACUAAACACAAGCUGGUGACUGAAGGCAAGACACUGACUUUCCGCUGCGGUAAAAAGAUUGCAUCCAAGAGAGGCAAAGUAUACUGGUAUAAAGACGGGGAGAUGCUGGAGUUCUCCCACCCGGGCUACAUCUCCCUGAACGACGACCACAUGACAAUCGUGGCCAAUGCAAUCAACGAGGGCACGUACACGUGCGUGGUGAAGAAACGGGACAAGGUCCUCACCAGCUACACCUGGAGGGUACGUGUGCGCUUCUGAGAGCCGUGCCUGCCCCUGCACCCCGGCUGGAGGAACAGAAUUUCAAACACUCCACUGUCCCCCCCCCCCCAUUGCUUUUUUCUUUUUCUUCUGUGAAUGCAUUUCCACAAUCACAAAUAAAAGCUCCAUGUC